AUGCUGCCCCACUACAACGACACCUUCGUUCAGAUAGAGCUUGGCACUAGAAACAAUCCAGCAUUCGCGCCUGAAAGUGUCAGAUUUGUUGGUGGUGGUGUUAUGGUGCAUGCUGGUAUCUCCAUUGAUGGGCGCACCGAGCUGCAUGUCGUUCCAAAUGGAACUCUGAUCGGUCGUCAAAGUAGGGAUGAGAUCCUCACACCUGUUGUAGUACCUUACCCUGCAGUGAGGGGUGCUGACAACACAGAAUGCUUACAAGCACCAUCCUUGGCCAAAGUGUCCAAUCUCAUUUCUCUCGAGAUCAACAUGGGAAGAGAUCCACUGCAGAUGAAUCUGAUGGGAUAUAUGGAUUAUGCUGAAGAAACGACUGAGAAACGUCGAGUUUUAGAAACUGAAAAGGAAGAUACUGUCGAAUUACAACAAAAAUAUAAGGCUGUUCAAGAAAAAGAGAAAGCAGUACAAGAAGGCCUUGCUAGUCUGAAAGCCAAUUUCUUCUGUGAUUUGUGUGAGAAGCAAUAUUAUAAAUAUCACGAAUUUGAUAACCACAUCAAUUCUUAUGAUCAUGCUCAUAAGCAGCGCCUAAAGGAUCUUAAACAAAGAGAAUUUGGUCGAAAUGUAGUUUCAAAAUGGAAAAGGGAGGAUAAAAGGAAGGAAAAGGAAGCUAAGAGGUUACAUGAACUUGCAGAAAAACGAGCACAAGCUGCAGAAAUAAGAGGUCCUGUUGAAAUGGGAACUGGUGAGAAAUUCAUACCUGGUGGUGGCUUCAAGGCGAUUGAUAGCAAAAAUGGAGAAAAUGUCACAGACAGUGAUUUUCAAAAUGAUGAUAUUGAGCCCAAGCACAUGAUAGACUUCGAAGAUUGUUCGUCUAAUAUGGCUUCCAAUGCUUCUGAAGAAGCACCAAUGGCUGAUUUUCCUGAAUCAGUGCAUCCAGAAGCAACAGAAUUGGUAGAAGCUGCAGAUGAGUCCUUCAAUUCACAAGACAGCUUCAAUGUGGAUGAUUUUGAGGGUGAAGAUAGUUCUCCUGUUGCUCCCUUAGAUUAUGAAACAAACUCAGUUGAUAAUCAAAGUGAGAAUAAAGAUAUUUCAAACUCUCAAUGUGAAAUAAGUGAAUCUUCAGCAGCUGAUGAAUUAGAGAACAGUAGCAGUGAUCUUCAAGAAUCUGUCGAACAUAAUGUGAAGGCUGCAACUAUUACAGCUGAUGAAGAUGAAUCUGAUAUUUGGGAUUCUCUGUAUUUAAAUACUAUUUUCUAUUCUCCUGAUGAUGAGGAUUUGCCUCCGUUACCUGAAGGUGAUACUAAACCUUGUGAUCAAAUUGAAAUGGCCAGUGAUACAUCAGUACUUAACCAAGAGACGCUGUCAGAAAAUGUUGAUAAAUCAAAUGAUAAGACAGCUGAAGAUAUAUCGGAAAGUAACUUUUAUAAUUUUGAAGUUUCUAAGGAAGAAGAACCAUUUGUGUCAAAAUCUGUUGUGUUACUUGGGAAAGCACUAGCAAGAAAGAGGCUGAUGGCUUUUUCUCAAAGUAAAUUAACAAAUAUUUCUAAAAGGGAUUCUGUUUUAUCAAAAUCUGGUUCGUUAUCAUUUAGUUUAGCAAAAAAAUCCAAUCAAAAAGUCGGUGCAGAUGUCGUUUCAGCUUUCAAAGAAGAGGAGGAAGAUAGUGAACAAAGCAGAGGGGAAUCUUCCGCAAAAAGUGAUAAAGAGGAUGCUGGAAAGAGUGAAGAUAGCUCAUCAGCUAAAACAGAGAUGUAUCCAAAUCAUCCUCCCGAUGCAUUUAGCAAGAAGCCAAACUUUGGAUUCCUUACUUUUGUUAAGACAGUUGCGGUUGAAGACUCGGAAAAGCCGGAGGAAGCAUCCGCAAAGGACGGGGAAUCCAUUGCUGACAAAAGCUCUCAUUCAGGGAAAUCCGAUAGGGAACGAAGUCGUCAUUCAGAGGAGAGGAAUAGCAGGAGACAAGAUAGAGAAAGGCGAAGGUCUCGUGAAUGGAAAAAAUCUCCAGAAAGACACAGUCACAGGUAUGAAGACAGGGACAGAGGAAGGAGGUAUGAUCAGUAUGAAAGAAGGCGGUCUAAAGAAAGGAGUAGAAGCAGAAGAUCAGCUGAGAGAGAUCAUAGAUCGUCAGAAAGGACGAAAGAUAGACGGCAUAACGACAAGCAAGACACUGAUAGGAGAAAAUAUGCUGACCGAAACAAGUCUCCAGAAAAAGAGAGAGCUAAGCAUUCUUCAGAUUCAAAAUCUAAAAAGUCAGAUGAUUCGAAAAAAGCAAGCAAUUUGGAAAGGGAAAAGUUGGCAGCAGAUUCGGAGCAACUUGAGCAAAAAUCUGCAAAAUGUAAGGAUAAUCUUCCUGAGGUGUUCGCUGCAAACUCUGAGAAACAGUUCGUUUCUGAAGAAACUUGUUCCAAUGUUCUAAAAGAUUUAAUUGCAAAUGAAAUUAGUUCUUCUGUUGAAAAAUGUGUGAAUGAUAGUAGAGGUAGCAGUGUGUCUAAAAUUAAGUCUGAAGUUGUCCAUCCGACUUUAAAUGAGAUAUGCAGUGAUAAAGCGCAAUCAAAGUCAACAAAAUUGGAGCGUGAGGAAUUGGCACUGAGUGAAGAAAAUAAUUUUGAAGUGAAAGGUGUAGGAACUUUUUCUCAUUCGCUUGAUGCGCCAGAUGCAAAGAUUUCCGUUGCUUCAAGCAUAAAGUGUGAAAUAAAUGAUGCUGAUGUCGACAGAGCUGAUGCUCAGGAUUACCUUGAGUGUUAUGAACCUUAUGUGAAGUCUGAAAGUUUUGAAAAGAUCAAAGAAAAUGAAGAUUCUAAAUCUUUUGACAUAAAACUGCUACCUGCGUUAGUUGAUACAAAUGUUCCUUUGAAAAAAGAAUCAAGUACUUGUGACGAUUUAAAAUCUGAAGUAAAAAUUGAACAAACUAACAAAAAGCUAAGCAAUGAAGAACUUAAAGAAAAUAAGGAUAUGUUAGUGUCACCUAUUUCUGAUAGUAAAACUUUGAAAAGAAAGAAAAAAUCUCAGCCCAGUUCUGCAGAUCUGAAGAAAUCUGAAAAAUCAAAGAAACGUAAAAAGAAAACUAAUAAACUUUUGUCUCAAAUGCUUAAAAACAAAGCAUUUAAAAAAUUCUGUCAGGAGUCGGGCCUAGACAUUUCUGAUAAUUCUAAAAAAAUUGAGGCUACUCUUCAAAUGCUGUAUAAAGCAAUGUCUGAAAAGAAAAAGAAAAAACGAAAAACUGAACCAAGUGUUUCUGAUGAUAGUGAUUCGUCCAGCAGCUCAAGUAGCAGUUCUUCGGUUGCUUCUAGCAGUGCAUCAGGAACUGGAAGUGAUGAUUCUUCUAGCAGUUCAUCCAGUAGUGAUAGCGAUGAUCCUGUGAAUAAAAAAUCAAAAAAGAAGAAAGUAAAAUCAAUGAAAAGUACUUUGUCAGAGAAUGCUAAAGGUAAAGACAAUUUAGUGUUAGACUGUAUUCAAGUUCCUAAAGAUAUUGAAGGCAUUCACGAGUCCAUUUCAAAUAAAAAUGAUGAAAAUAAUUUAGAGAAAGAUAAAAGAAAACUUGCUCAUGGUACAAAGGUGGACAGAAAUAAGCAGAAAUUAAAACAAGAUGCAAAUGUGAACAGCGAAAUACCUCCUUCUUAUCUAGAGCUUAAUAUUGAACAAAAAUCACCUAAGCAGGAAAAAUUUAAAAAGGAAGUCACAAAUGAUGAUUUGUGUUCUAAUAAAAUACAGAAGUUUAAUGAGGUAAUUGAAAACAAUCUACAUGAGAAUAGCAAAAAGUGUAAAAAUGAGCUUCAAACUGACAAAGAUUCUGUAGUUGGAUUUGCAGAAUCUUCCACUACUACUGAAAGUUUGCUUGAAAUAAAAAAGUCUGAUGAUGUUAACUUAGCACAGAAAAAACUGGAGUUAAAGGAUAAAUUAGAGGAACUAGAUUUGUCAAACAGUAAAACUGCACACAACUUAGUGCAGAAAAAAAUGAAAGUGGAGGAUAAAUUGGAGGAACCAGAUUUGCCAAGAGGUAAAACUGCACACAACUUAGUGCAAGAAAAACUGCAGGUGGAGGAUAAAUUGGAGGAUCCAGAUGUGUCAACCGGUAAAACUGCACACAACUUAUUGCAGAAAAAACUGAAAGUGGAGGAAAAAUUGGAGGAUCCCGAUUUGUCAACCAGUAAAACUGCAAACAACUUAGUGGAGAAAAAACUUAAGGUAGAGGAUAAAUUAGAGGAUCCAGAUUUGUCAACCAAUAAAAUUGCACACAAAGUAGUAAAAGCUGAAAAAUCAAGCACCGAGAAUAAAUCCUCAAAGAGAAGUAGGGAAUCUCCUUCAGAUAGUCACUCUGGGAGAAAAAGUUCAGAAAAGAGUAGAGCUAGUGAUUCUCAAGGACAUUCCGAACGAAAAAAGAAAAAGGUAAAGGGAAGUAAAAGUUCUAAAGAGAAAAAGAAAAGAUCAAAAUCACGUAGUGUAAUAAAGUACACAUAUUCCUUACCAUCGUUGCAAUUUUGUUGCAAUAGAAGGUGCGGUGACUUUGAAUGUGUCUUCAAGAAGCGAACACCCAGUCCAAGCAGUAGUGAAUGCAGCUCUCCGCAUUUGGAUGUUGGUAAAAUGUCAGCUCUUGAUGCUUUGAAAUCAUGUUACGGUAAAUUAGACAGUCCACCAAUAAAAGGAACCAAAAGAGAACAGGAAGUAUCCCCUGAACAACCUGCCAAAAAGAAAAGCAAGGAUGAGCUUGUUGAACAAAAUAGCUCCCUGCACAGUUCAAAACUGCCACCUGCUGAGAUAAAAGUUGAGAAGAAAGAGAAUAUUUCAUCUGUUUUGCCAAAAUUAAAAAAUAAAACUGUUAAAAAAGUACCUCGUGUUCCUGUCAAAGUAAAAUCAAAGUGGGAUACAGAUUCUGAAAGUGAGUUAGACAUAGAUUGGAGUCCUCAAGUUGAUGAUGAAAGCAUUCAAUUUAAGAAUGAAGAAACUGUAGUACCUUCACCUUUGGUUUCAAAAAGUCCUGUCAAACAAGAAUCUAAAGACAAGGAUCAGAAAUCAGUUGAUGAAAAAUACAGUGGUGAGCCCUUAGAACAUGUUAAAACUUCUAAGUCAUUCGACGAUAGUGAAACGGUAUUGUCGGAACCUUCUGCAAAAAAGAUUAAACUGGAAGAUUCUGACAAACAUUCUUUGCCAGACAAUCUUGAUCUCAAAAGUGAAUCAAUUAUAAGUGAAAAUGAAUGUUCUGUUCCAAAUUUUUCAUCCUCCAACCUUUUGAAUACCAGUGAAGAAGAGUCAUCAGUCAGAAGGAGUGAAACUGAGGAUAUAAAAGACGAGAGUGUUAAAUUAUCAAAAAGUAGUGAAAAUGUUAAAUCAUUUAUUGAAAUUCAUGAAGAAUCAAAUUCACCAAAUCUCACCAAUGUACCUCAACAAGAGGAUCAAAAAGCUAUAAUUUGCGAAGAAAAUCAGGAUCCUGUUUUGUCUCAAAAUUUGUCUUAUUCAAGUGCUGAUGACUUAACUAGUCAAGAAUGUGAUGCUAAUAAGUCUAGUGACCUGGAGGGCGAAUAUGAUGAGUUUCUGAAGUUACUAAAUCUUAGUGAAUCUGAAAACAGUAAUUUGCAAACUACUGAUGACAAUCAAUCAGAAGUUUUUAAAGUGUCUUCUGAAAACUUCUCUGAUAGCAUCACUGAUACAAAAUUACCCUCUUCAUUUACAGCAUAUGCAGAAAUAACAAAUUCAGAUAUUGUGCCACCUGCUUCUACAGAUAUUCCAAUUGAUUAUGAGAAUCCGACAAUUACUGAUGAAACAGGUGUAUCCAAGACUCUAAAUGCGAGAAAGGAAUCUUCUCAGUUAAGUGAAAAAUCUAAAAUUAAGUCAGAAAAUUAUGGUCAAGAAGAAAAAGAAACUUUAUUUUCAUCUGAAAAUAAGAAGGAUACUGAAUUUUAUCCAACAAAACUAAAACCUGAUGCAGGUAGCAAACUUUCAGCGGACAAAGUUUCAAAUACCCUAAAACUGCCUUAUGUAGCAGAAACAACUGCAAAAAAUGAUGAUGUAGCUAUCAAUCUUAAUCUUGUUCCAAAUAAUAAUUAUAAAAAAGCAUUACUUUCAAAAUCAAAGUCUGAAAAUUCUGACCAAGCUUCUCUUUGUUUCGAUAACUCAAUUGAAAUGAAGGUGAAAGAUGAUGAUUGUGAUAAUAAAAAGGUUGGUCCACUAGAAAAUCAGUUCUCUUUUUCAGUUUCUAAAACCUUAAGUCCAACUGGUAAUGAAACUGAUAAUUCAAAUAGUUCAAGUAAAAAUGAAGAAUCAAAAGUUAGUUUACCAAUUUCUUACCCAAUCAUGCCAUUUAAGCACAAAGCUUCUGUAUCCGAAAACCACACAACAGUUUCUGAAGCAACGCCAAAACAUUCUGAAAAAAAGCAGUUUAGCAAAUGGGAUGUUAAACCUGUUGUUGAUCAUAAGUUGGAAAAAGAAAAAUCAAAAGCUGCAAAGAACAGAACAGAUCCUGAAGACAAAGUAGUUGAAAAACCAAAUUUCAAUGUAGAACCCUGUAAAAUAUCUAGUCACUCAAAUAAUGAAUUAAAGGCAAUAAGUUCACAAUCCUCUAGUGCAGAAGAAAUAUUUAUUCCUCAAAAUAUUCCAAAUGCUUCUGUGACUGAAACAGUUCAACCAGAUAUUGCACAAAAUGAUUCACCAUCAGCAGCUGUUGGACCAUAUGUAGAAGCAUAUUCAGACGUUCCUAACAAAUAUGAAAAUAUUUGCAACUCAGAUGAUGUUUCUAAAAGCUAUCUUCUUUACAUUCAGCAACUGCAAUUGACUUCUAGUACACCAUCUACGAUGAUUGGAAAUGCAUCAUAUUUUGAGACUACGCUUGGGUGUCCCAUAGUAGAACAAAGUGGGAGUUUGCCCAAUGCAAUGGGUAGUUUUGAUCAAAUAAAUUCGGCUUUGCUUGAGCAGUAUCUUGUCAAAAACAACAUGGUCUUUCCACCCCAAGAUGAAGCGAUCAGUAGUUCUGUUGCAGACUUAGUUACAGCAUUAAACUUUGAGUCAAGUGAAGCAGUUUCCUCAUCUGUUGAAGUUUCAGAAGAAAAUGAGCAGUUGAAGAGUUCCUGUUUAGGCAUUGAUAAUGCUGGGGAUACGAACUCAGUAAAAGCCGCUUCAGAUGCAUUAACUGAAUUCCCAAAGAAAGAAAAGAAGAAAGAUGAGGUAAAACGGUUGUCUAAUUCCUCUACUGUGGUGGCUUCAUCUUCUCCUAUAAUACCAACCCCUAAAGCUGGUAUCCUAGUUACUCCAUCAAGAGAGCCUGACUCUCAGCCUAAAAAGUCUGUGACUUUUGCAGAUGGCAUACCACCUACAAAAGAUUUAUUUGUUGGGUCAAUAUCACCUCCACCCCCGCCUCCCCCUCCCAAGGAAAGGAGGCACAAGGUGAAAGUGAAACACCUUCGAAAAGCAGAGCGUUCUGUAUCCCCUCCUCCACCCCCACCUCCCCCUCCUCGAUCACCUCCUCCCCCUCCCCCUCCUCCUGGCAAACCUAAGUCUCAAACUUCUGUUGUAGUGGCGACGUUGCCAAGUACUGUGGAUCCUUACCAGCAGAUGCAAACGGUACAGCAGUUACAGCCUCAGUAUACUAUGGGACAGAUUCCAUGCCCUACGAAUCCUCAAGCUUCUGGAUAUUCUGUGCCUUAUGCCUACACUGGCAACUAUCCACUGUACACAGCAGCUCCUCAGCAUAUGCCUCCUCAAUACUCAUAUCCUCCCCCGAAUCCCCAAGUCUAUGUCAAUCAACCCAUGCAAGUCCCAUAUGCUUAUCCUCCUCCUCCUGGCACUCAGAUACCUGGAUAUCCAAUACCUCAACAACCACCUGGCCAACCUCAAUGAAUGAAUUUUCCCUUUUUGUGUUUUGUCAGUUUAAUGUUUAACAAAUCAAUUGUACAGAUACAUGUACAAAAUGCAUUCAUAUUAAAGUGAUCAUUGUAUCAUAGUUUGUUAAUAAACUAUCCA